AUGAAAAGUGAUUAUUUAUAGUUAUUUACAAAACAAUCUUCAAUUCCUAAUUCUGGAUUAGGAGUUUUUGCAAAAAAUGAUAUUUCCAAAGGAUAGAUACUAGUAGAAUAUAGAGGAAAAAGUAAAAUACAUCUUUAAACUAGUAAUUAAUGCUAAAUAUUCAUGGGCUCAAUGUUUUAUGCUUGAAGACAGAAUGUUAUAGAUAAAUGAAAAAUAUUCAGUUAUUGGACGUUCCUUAUCAUCUAGAUUUAAUGAUAUUGUUAGAUUUGGCCUUUUAACGCCUCAAGAAGAAUAAAACUUAAACUUUGGUAUUUUUCCUUUUCAUGAACAUUUAAAGCAUAAUGUUGAACUUUCAAUAAAGUAUGAUAAAGCGUUUUUAGUGGCUUCAAAGAAUGUUAAAGCAGGUGAAGAAUUGUUUUUUGAUUAUUCUUUUUCUUAUUGGAAAUCAUUUUAUGAUCAAAUGAAGGCAUAUAAGGGAGAAAAUUUUUUUGAAUAUUGGGAAUAACAAAAGCAAAAACCUACCCCCGAACAUUAUGUCAUUUGCGAUUCUGAUAUGUUAAAACUAUAAAUAAUUGAUGGAAAAGUAUACUCUAAGUCUACAAUACAAUGUGGAGAAAUAAUUACUGAGUGCAGAGGAAAAUAUUUUGAUACAGAAUAACCAGGAAGAAUAAAUCUUAAAUUAGAUAAUCUGUUCCUAAGAUUAAAUAGAUUAAAUAAUGCUAUACUUUAAAAUAAGGCUGAAUAAAAGGCUGAUUUAAAUGCAGAGUUAGUUCUUGAAGAUAAAAAGUUUUUUAUCAAAGCUUUGACUCUAAUUACUAAAGGCUAAGGUAUUUUUGUAGAAAAUAAUUUUUCAUAUUGA